AUGGUAUUGGUGUCGGGUCUGAUCUUCAUGUUAUUUCUCCUCAGCAGGUUUUGCCAAGCAUCUCUUGGUGACCCGUGGAGCAGUUGUCCUGCAGAUAAAAUGUGCAAGAGCAAGUUUGCGAAUGGAGUUUGUGAUAAAGAGUGCUCGGGGUCACAGUGCCUCAGAGACGGCUUCGACUGUCUCAAACCCAAACAGUCGUGCAAUCCUGGCUACAUUCAAUACUGCCGUGACCACUACGACAACAUGCACUGCGAGUCGGGCUGUAAUAUCGCCGCCUGUGGGUGGGAUGGUUCCGACUGUCAUAAAAAUCAGCAUCCCAGCUGGGCCAAGGGAACUUUGGUCAUGCAGACGUCCAUUCCGUUCCAGAAAGCCCCAUUCCAGAACGCCUCGUUACUGUGGGCUCUGAGCGUCCUGCUCCAGACGAGCGUUAGACUGAUGGGUCGCGUGCCGUUUCCGUCCAGCGCUGAACUUAAUGCUGUGGACCAGCAGCAGCUGAUCGAUCUGCACCAACAAGCACCGAGUUACGAGAGCAAUGGGACGUUAUUGUUUCUUCAAGUGGAUAACCGUCCAUGUUCCAAGCUCCCGAUCUCCUGCUUUCCCUACGCAUCAGAGGCAGCAGAUUUCCUGAACGCCAUGAUGGAGCUGAACCUCUUCCCAGCUUAUGUCAGGCCUGAAAUCCAGGCGCUCAUCAGGAUCCGAGGCAUCAACAAAGAAAUAUCAACGACAGAAACGGUCCCAGACGUCCCAGAUGGUUCUCCUGCGUGGCUUUGGCCGGUGGUCGGCAUCGCAGUGGGCAUCGUGGUUUCUCUCCUCGUGGUGGUGGCUCUAGCAGUGCUGGUGUGGAUCAGAAGAAGAAGAAACAGAAGAGAAAGAGGAGAACGAGUUCAUCACAGAUCUACGGCCACUGAAAAUAACGAUGAGAGUAAAGCCUGGAUGCAGCACACGCCCGAACACAACGAGAGGAGCAACAGGACGACGAGGGACAAGGACAGAAACGGCGCGAAGAAGAAGAAGAAAAAAGGGAAGGAGUUCGGGAAGAAGCGCAGGGAGCCGCUCGGAGAGGAUGCCGUUCGAAUGAAGCCCCUCAGGAAGACCUUGGACAUCGGCAGUGACACAGACGUGACCCAGAGCUCCAUGGAGGACAUCAGCAAGACCAUCCGUGACCACAGAUCUCCAGUGCAGAAACACUUAACUGUUAAUCACCAACAGCUGCCUGUACCAACACCACCCAGAAGGUGGGACAGGAACCCCAUUCCCACACCUCAGAGAACUCCAAGCAAUUCAGCUCCGGUACAGUGGUGCGGACCCGACGGUUCUGUGGUUCUGAUCCGAGCCGUGAGAAGCGGCCUCGAUCGCGUGGUGCUGGAGCUGCUGAGGGCCGGUGUGCCCGUUAACAACACUGACCACACCGGGAGAUCCGCCCUGCACUGGGCAUGCUCAGUAAACCACCUCUCGUUGGCUCGGACCCUCAUCCGAUACGGCGCCGCCGUGGACAUGCAGGACCACAAGGGCGAGACGCCUCUUUUCUUGGCCGGCCUUCACGGCUGCUACGAAACCACCAGGUUCCUCCUCCUGAACGGUGCCAAUCAGGAGCUGACAGACCGCAGAGGGCGGCGGCCGAUAGACGUGGCCAGAGAGGGGAUGAAUCAUCAGGUCCUCGAGAUCCUGCUAGCUCAUGAGGUCCACCGCAGCCCGUUUCCUGUGGCCCCCACCACCGAAGUGCUGUGGGAUGAUCGAGACUAUCUGUACUCGCCGUGGGUGGCCAUGCCUCCAUCCCUGCCCGGAAGAAGCGCUUCCUUUUCUGGGGCUGUAGGUCACCGGGAAAUGGCUUCCCCACAACCCAGUGACUGGCAACUCGCAUCCCCUCAAAACUGGCGGCAUUUGCAGAAUCAAUCAGCAACAGCCCUGGUCAGUCCCAGGAUCCUGAGUCGGCCAUCUCGGCCAAUCAGCACGCUUCAGGAAGUGACCUCAGAAGCCGAGGAUGAUGAAAGGGAGGCGGCGCAGCACGCCUCUCGAGCGACGACACCCCACUUCCUGUAUCCACAGCCAGCGCCCAGGCAGCGCUCGUUCUCCUGCACGCAGCCCGCGCUCCAGCGCCGCCACAGCACCAACCAACCCGAGCAGCACGUCAACGCACCGGCUGAAAAGCUGGUCAACGAGCACGUCGAGAUAGUGGUCGUGCCCCACCCGAGAGCGAGCUCCAGCCAAUCAGAAAGCAGGAGCGCGGGGACCACAGGGACCGCGUGUACGGCAGAGUCCGAGCAGGAGAGUAAGAGGAGCAGUGAGGAGAAAGGUCAAAGUGAGGGGACGAACACCCCGCCGGCAUCCGUCCAGACUGUCAUGUGAGGGUGAUGGAUUUUUAUUCACAGGAUCCAAUUUUAUGGACUAGUAAUCACAAGGUCACUGGUUCAAGCCCACAUCUGCCACGAGCAAGGCCCUUUACCCCUUAAUCACUCGGACUGUAUAUAUUCACAGCUGUAAAUCGCUUUUUAAAUAAAAACUAAAUCU